AUGGCACUCAACAAGGAAGAGAUGGACUACGACAAGCACAAAACUCUCAUAAGAGAAUUCAUAGACACAUAUUACGGUGUCGAUGAGAGCGGAGCAAAGGUGUUCUAUUACCGAGAAGAUGUCCAACGAAUCGCUGAGCGUGAACAAGUUGCACUUUACGUUAAUCUCGAUGAUAUCAAUCGUUUCGAUGAAUCUCUGGCUGCUUUGAUAGAGGGAAACGCACGAAGGUUCCACCAGAUUUUCAAUGAAGUUAUUGAUGAAAUGGUGCACGAGAUACUAGGAGAUCGUCAGCCUCCCGUUCGUGACGCUCUGGAUGCUUUCAUUUUCCAACGGGUUUACAUGGAUGAUCAAUCGAAAAUCUCCGAAGGAUACCUCGGAGGAACAAUUCAAGAAACUCGCAAGAAAUAUCCUCCACAGUUGUUAAGGCGUUUCGAAGUAGUCUUCAAAAAUCGUGACGCUGCAAAACCACUUGCAGUUCGUGAUAUCAAGGCGAACUGUGUCGGUAAACUUGUCACCGUUAGUGGAAUCGUGAUCCGCGCUACAGAAGUGAAACCUAUCGUUGAAGUAAUGACCUACGCUUGUGACACUUGUGGAGCUGAAGUCUACCAACCAGUGAAUGGACCAUCUUUCAUGCCAGCUGUAAAUUGUCCUAGUAAGGAGUGUGUAGAGUCGAAGGCGAAUGGACGUCUCCACAUGCAAGUACGAGGCUCGAAAUUCGGCAAAUUCCAAGAGAUCAAGAUUCAAGAGACGAGUGAUCAAGUACCCGUGGGCUCAAUUCCUCGCACUCUUACUGUAAAUGUAUAUGGAGAAGCUACUCGUCAAUGCAACCCAGGAGAUCAUGUUCGCAUCUCCGGAGUACUAAUUCCUCUUAUGAGAACCGGAUUCCGACAAGGUGGAGGCGGACUUGUCGCGGAAACUUUCUUGGAAGCACAUUUCGUCGAAAAUGUACACAGCACAGCUGAUGAAAAAGACGUUGAUGAGGAGUUGACGGAAGAGGAAGUGGAGGUUCUCGCGCAGGACAAUCUGUACGACUUGUUGGCAUACUCCAUAGCUCCAGAAAUCUAUGGGUUGACCGAUGUGAAGAAGAGCUUGCUGCUAGCCCUUGUUGGAGGCGUAGACAAGAAUGCCAGUGGCAUGAAGAUAAGAGGAUGUCUCAAUAUCUUGCUCAUGGGAGAUCCUGGAGUUGCCAAAUCCCAGUUACUGUCAUACGUGAACCGUCUUGCCCCUCGAUCUCAGUAUACCACUGGUCGCGGAUCCUCCGGUGUUGGUUUGACGGCGGCUGUUGUCAAGGACCCGCUCACAGGUGAAAUGACCCUUGAAGGAGGUGCAUUGGUUCUCGCUGACCGCGGAAUAUGCUGCAUUGAUGAGUUUGACAAGAUGAUGGAAAGUGACCGAACAUCCAUCCACGAGGUCAUGGAACAACAGACGAUAUCCAUUGCGAAGGCAGGGAUUAUGACAACGCUCAAUGCUCGUGUAGCCAUAGUAGCUGCUGCUAAUCCCGCAUUUGGGAGAUACAACCCCAAGAGAAGCAUCGAACAGAACAUUGAUCUUCCUGCAGCACUCCUUUCAAGGUUCGAUCUUCUCUGGUUGAUACAAGACAAGCCAGACCGCGAUGCUGACAAGCGCCUUGCUUCACACAUCACCUAUGUACAUAUGAAUUCGAAACAGCCUGAAAUCGAUGGAAUGAAGCCGAUCGACAUGCGACUGAUAAGACGCCUCAUCGAAGUAGCUCAGCGAAAACAGCCCGUUGUAGGAGAUGCUCUUAGGGAAAGGCUCGUUGAAAUGUAUGUUGAUAUGCGCCGCGUUGCUCGUGAGAGUGACGACUCUACCUUCACAUCACCUCGUCUUCUGCUUUCUGUGAUUAGAAUGUCAACUGCAUUGGCUCGUUUACGCCUCUCAAAUGUUGUUCUCGCAGAUGACAUUGAAGAAGCGAUCCGCUUGAUGCAAGCCAGCAAGGACUCUUUACGCCCAGAAAUGUUGCAACAGGAAAUUCGCCAGUCCCCUAUCGACAGAGCUUUCGCUGUUCUAAGAGACCUCAAUUCGUCAGCAGGUGACUCUGUGAUUGCACUGCAGACAGCUGUGGAAGCCUGUGCUCGCAAAGGUAUCAGCGAGGAGGCACUCCGAGAUGCCAUUACGGUCCAUCAAGCAAACGGUGUUAUCAUGGUCGAUUCACAACAAAGGAUCCGUUUUGUCAUGAACUGA